CACCUCCGCCAAUCCACCGGCGACCUCCGCGGCACGCACUCGUGCGCUCUCGAUAUACUCUCCACUUGUUUACGUUCGCGAUGCCGAUGGCGGCGAUUCACGCUUAUCAGAAUCUUGGUGUCGAUCAGAAACUGACGCACCUACAAACUGCGGGGCAGAGAAGGCUCGCACCUGCUCCUAUUGAUGCCUCUCGGUGUAAGAAAAAGACUUACCUGCAUCAACCUUACCCGGCUCAACCUGCUUCAGUGGCCAGAAGAAAUGCAAGAGAACGGAACAGAGUGAAGCAAGUGAACAAUGGAUUUGCGCAACUUCGUCAACACAUCCCAUCAGCUGUCACAGCAGCAUUGGCUGGAGGAAGGGGUUCAUCUCGUAAAUUAAGCAAAGUGGACACAUUGAGAUUAGCAGUGGAAUACAUCAAGAGUCUGAAACGAUUAUUAGAAGAGGGCGAAGAAGGAUGCUCAGAUACACAAAUUGGGCUAAGUUUAAAUACAAGUGGUCCCCAAACUCCUCCAUCAUCGGAAGAAUCACAUUCACCUGCUCCAUCAUUAAUAUCUGAAAGCUCUGCAGGACCUAAUUGUCAUGAUGCAUAUGAUUCAUAUGAACCCAUGAGUCCGGAGGACGAAGAAUUGUUAGAUGUCAUAUCAUGGUGGCAACAACAGUGAUUUAAGGAACCGUGCAUUACGGUGAUCAAAGAGAGGCUAUAGAGCGGCUUGUGAAAAACAAGUAUUUCUCGAGAGCAGUUCGAGCGACGAGCGCGAGGGACUCUGAGAGAACCUUUAAUUAAGCGCAAUCAGUAUAUUCUUAAUGAGAGGGGAUAAUGGUGGACUACAACGACCUCAUCGAUGCAUUCCGCCGACCGGCCACCGAACGAAUAACCUUAAACGCAUUUCAUACAUCGAUGGAAUAGCAAAAUAAAGACUGAAUUCAUCAUUUGUUCCACAUAAGCAUUUAGAUUAUAUUAAGAUUCCAGAUAUUGCUGUGCCUUAUAUUAUUACGACUUCCAAUUAAGUAUUAGUAUUAACAUAGUUUAUUAUCGUUAUCUAGUCAUUACUGUUAAGUUUAGUAUUUAAGAACUCUUCCUCAGGUUUUGUAGAUUGUGACUUUUACCUAGUAUUAGUUGUUACCUUUUAGUAUGGCUUUGUGCUAUAAAACUCGUGAAUAUGUUAAAAUUUUUCGAUAUCUUGAGACAAAGACUUUGAGUGUAAAUAUAUAAUUAUAGUACCGUAACAAAGAUUCCUAAUAUUAUAAGAUUUUUAUCAAGAGAACUGUUUAUAGUUUGUAAAAAGCAAAUAUCAGUAAUCAACCGAAUGGUUGUUUCUGUAAAUAAAUAUUAUA